AUGUGCUGUCUCGUCUUUGUUGUUUUUUCACUUAUUUCGGUUUCACAGAACCUUCCAGAGGCCAUUUUCAUCGUAUCCUCGAUGGCUCUCGUAUUUUUGGCCUCUGUUUCUUCGGUUUUCCUGUACACUGGAAACUAUGCUAUUUUGUCUACGCUGCCAAAACCCUUCUCACAGGCCAUUUCACUGGGGCAAGGAACUGCCGGCAUGAUCACCUGCAUUGCCAAGCUCAUUACGAUCAAAAUAUUUCAGGAAAACCUACAUGCCCCGCCGACUGGGCUUGUGCACAGGGCCCCUACUGAUUCGGAUUCGUUUUUGUAUUUUUUCUUCACUGCUUUGCUGCUUUUUUUCUCGUCCCUUUCGUUUUUCUUCUACAUGAAGUAUUCCUCAUCCAUUUUUAAGCCCAAAGCCUACCACAUCAUUGAUGAGAAAGAUGUCAAAUACUUUCGGCAAGGGGCAUCAUACUCGCCGCCUGAUCCGUUCGAUCACGCAGCCCUGGGCCCUUCCAAAUCGAGAGGUAAAUGUUCCUUGUUUGAACUCUGUUCCAUUGUGUCAAGUAAAAACUCAAGCGUCAGAUGCCUAUGGUGGUGCAACUUUAUCGUGUGCUUUCAAACUAUGUUCUUGUUCCCAUCUUGGCCGCAAAUGACCAAAUCGACGGAUCCCAGCUAUUCUGAACCCGUUAACGGCCAAUUUUUCACCAUAUUUGUCUUGCUUCUGUUCAAUGUUGGAGACUGGUUUGGCCGCAUAAUCCUGUCUUUUCCGGCCAUGUUCAUACAUGUGGAUCGGCUUCUUUUCUUGGUUUCGUUGCUUAGAUUCCUCCAUGUUCCUUUGUAUUUAUUCGGGAAUGUUGACUUUGGCGGACACCAUUUAAACCCGCUGCCCAAGCUUUUGGCCUCAGAUUACAUAGUUAUGGCAAAUACGUUGUUGUUUGGCGUCUCCUCUGGGUACUUGACUACUCUUUUUUUGAUCGAGGCCCCAAAUAGGGUUAGCAAUAACCUUUUCAAAAUCCGGGUCUCCUUUUACAUGCUGUUGGGUCUCGUUCUUUCCGUUGCUUUGGGCUCCAUUGCAUCGUUGGUUUUAAAGAUCGUUCUUCUCUCAUACGGCGGCAGUCAUAAAUAA